AUGGGAACGAGCUCGUGUGGUGAUGGUGAGAAGCAGAGGAUUGAAGAUGAAGAGCAAUACGGGGUUUUGCUGUACUACAAAUACACAUCUGUUCCUGAUCUAGAUGAGCUCGUUUCAUUCUAUGAAUCCAGCUGCAACUCACUCGGUUUACUCGGACGAGUCAGGCUCUCUCCUAAUGGCGUCAAUGUUACUGUUGGUGGGAAGUUAACUGCAUUGGAGGAACAUAUUGCCGCCGCAAAGUCGAAUUGUUUGUUCGAAGGGACUGACUUCAAGCUUGCAUCAUGCCAUCAUCCCUUGAAUGACAAAGUUGCUCAGGAAUGUGGGUUUACAUCGCUCUCCAUCCGCGUUGUUGAGGAGUUAGUGACCUUUAGUCCUUGCCCUCUCUUAAAAUCCCCAGAUAUUUCAAAUGCUGGGAAACAUCUCUCUGCUGAGGAGUUUCAUUCGGUCCUACAGAGUGCCAAUGAAUAUCUGGAUGGAGAUGGGAAGUCUGAAAAUAAGGAACUUGUCUUGCUGGACGCGAGGAACCUAUACGAGACACGGCUUGGGAAAUUCGAAUCAGAAAAUGUUGAGACCCUUGAUCCUGAAAUCAGGCAGUACAGCGAUUUGCCAACCUGGAUUGAUCAGAAUGCCGAGAAACUGAAGGGCAAAAACGUGCUCAUGUACUGCACUGGAGGAAUAAGGUGUGAAAUGGCAUCUGCGUAUAUCAGAUCCAAAGGCACUGGAUUUGAGAAUACUUUUCAGCUCUAUGGUGGCAUACAGAGAUACCUUGAACAGUUUCCCAGUGGAGGGUUCUUCAAAGGGAAGAACUUUGUGUUUGAUCACCGGAUCUCAGUUGGAAGCUCAAAAGAGGAUAUAGUGGGCAGUUGCCUUCUCUGCAACAAUACCUUUGAUGACUAUUCUCCACGUUGCCGUUGCAGAUUAUGCCGGAUGCUCGUUUUAGUAUGCAAUCAUUGUCGGGUUAAAGGAGAUAUGUAUGUGUGCGAGCUGUGUCGUAAACAUGGAAAAGGGGAAUUUCCUUUGAGUCUUGAUCCCCCAAAUCAACCUUCUGUAAGCAACGGUGACGAUACAAGAAGGAAACUAAGGAUCUUGUGCUUACAUGGUUUUAGGCAGAAUGCGUCUGGCUUCAAAGGGAGGACUGGAUCACUAGCAAAGAAACUGAAGAAUAUUGCCGAGCUCGUGUUCAUUGAUGCACCGCACGAACUACAGUUCAUCUACCAGACUGCAACCCCUCCAUCUGGGGCUUGCAACAAGAAGUUUGCGUGGUUGGUUUCACCAGAUUUUGACAAACCGAGUGAAGCAGGCUGGACAGUGGCUCAAUGCCAGUUUGAUCCAUUGCAGUAUCAGAAUCAAACCGAAGGGUUUGGCGAAUCCCUGACAUACUUAAAGAAUGUGUUUGCAGAGAAAGGGCCUUUUGAUGGCAUACUCGGAUUUUCUCAAGGUGCAGCAAUGGCUGCGGCUGUAUGUGGGAAACAGGACCAGCUCGUAGGUGAAAUAGACUUCAGAUUCUGCGUGUUGUGCUCGGGUUUCACACCGCAGCCAUUGUUGGAGAAGGAGCAAGGAUCGAUCAAAUGCCCUUCACUUCACAUAUUCGGAAGCCAGCCUGGAAAAGACAGACAGAUCGUGACUCAAGCCAGCUCAGAUCUGGCGAGGUUGUUUGACGACGGUUGCGCCACCAUUAUUGAGCACGACUUUGGCCACAUCAUUCCUACGAAGUCUCCUUAUAUUGAUGAGAUUAAAGCUUUCCUUAACCAAUUCAUUUGA